UACUGUUGGUAUAUUCUGGCCCUAUCGGAUCAAGAUUUGCUUAUAUCUAAUUGGAUACCAAAUGAAAUGAAAAAAGCACUCAGAAAAUAAAUACUCCAGCGUCUCAACAGACAGAGAGAGAGAGAGAGAGAGCGCGCUUGCUUGCUUGAAGACUGAGAAAGAGAAUACUAUUGUGCCAUGUUCGCUUAUGGGUUGACAGAAGGGGUUUUUGGGGAGGGAUUUGGCCUCUCUGAACUCCCAAGCCCCGCCUCCUGUUAGUCUCUAAUUUCAGCUAUUUUUACUGAGAAAACUGAAAGAAAGUGUGGGGAAGAUGAAGAAAGUUGGUGUGUCCCCCUGUAUAUAUAUCCCUGAUUCAAGUUCUGGGUUUGGUUUCAUUUGAUCAGCUUAUGGUCCACUUUGAAUGGUCUUAUGUUAUGUCAUGAAGUGUGUACAAUUGCCAUCUUGACUCAUGGAAAAUAGAGGCAGUUCAAACCCGAAGUACCUUUGUUUCAUUUACUGUUUCUGUCGGGUGGCUUGAACUUCAUAUUCUUAAUCCCGGCUUCUGUUGGUUAAAUUUACCUUUGAGACGAGGCAAAUCUCCUUUGGCAAUAUCGAAUUCCUUCUGAAAGCAAAAAUAGAGAAGGGAAAAGAAAUAGUUAGGACUUGUAGCCAAUAUAUAUUGGUAGUUGUAGAUUCUGCUCUUCGGGCAAAUCUCCUUUGGCAAAGCUCACAGUUUCUCUGUUGAGAGAUCACUGCAGCAAUAAGGAACCAUUUGGCAUUGUAGCUUUUUGAGGAUUAUAAUUCUCCUUCUAGUGGAAAUUUCAGUCCAUUUGUUGGGCAAAUCUCCUUUGGCAAUUAAGAGUCUUUCAGUAGACUCCAUUUAGCUCAAUUUGGGCAAAUCUCCUUUGGCAUUAUCUCCAGUUUUCUGGAGAUAUUAUCUAGAUCUCUGCAUCGUAAGAGCAGAUUGAUCGAAAGAUAUAGGUUCAUAUUUGAAGAUUCACGGUGAUAUACCAUUUAUCAUUUGGUGUCAAACAAUUAGCCGGAUCAUUACCACAAUACAUCCAUCCCAAGCAACGUUGUAUCGGAAAGGGGAAAGGUGUUGAUUGUUGAAGAUUUUUGGACAAAGAACAAUUGAAGAUAUAUUCUGAUAGUCAUCCAAAUGAUGGAUUCGUCGAGUGAGUUCGAUAGUUUCAGUGAGAGCAGCAGCUGUGAAGAGCAAGAUGACAUUGGAACUAUGUAUGGGGGCCAUGCCUUCACCAUUCUGUCAAGCCUUGAGGAAACCAUAGGAAAGAUUGACGAUUAUCUCUCUUUUGAGAGGGGAUUCAUACACGGUGACAUUGUUUGCUCCGCAACUGACCCUUCUGGACAGAUGGGCAAAGUGGUCAAUGUCGAUAUGCUUGUGGACUUGGAAAAUCUUCACGGUGAAAUAAAAACUGAAGUGAAGUCGAAAGAAAUUCGAAAGAUCCGGUCCCUUUCGGUGGGGGAUUACGUUGUGCAUGGUCCGUGGCUUGGAAAAGUGGAUAAAAUAGUUGAUAGUGUCACCAUCUUGUUUGAUGAUGGCACAAAGUCUGAGUUUACCACAAUGGGACCGGAAAAGGUCAUUCCUCUUUCUCCCGACUUAAUUGAAGAUUUGCAAUACCCUUACUAUCCUGGCCAGAGGGUUCGUGUUGAGCUUCCUACUGUUUCCAAAACAGCUAGAUGGUUAUUAUGUGGUACUUGGAAGGGAAAACGAGAUGAAGCAACCGUUUGUGCCGUAGAAGCAGGUUUGGUAUAUGUCGAUUGGAUUGCUUGUGCUAUGGGUUGUUGUGAGAGGGGCCCCGCUCCACCAGCUUUGAACGAUUCGAAAAACUUGACCUUGUUGUCAUGUUUCUCUCAUGCCAACUGGCAGCUUGGCGAUUGGUGUAUGCUUCCAACACUUGACCAUAAUGGUGUUAUGGAUCAGAUUUUCCUUGAGCAAUCUGAAAAAGUGUUCAAUCAAAGGAGUCAAAGGACAAGUCCAAAUUUUCAAGAAAUCUCUGUUAUUGGGAAGAUAAAAACAAAAGUAGAUGUUCUAUGGCAGGAUAGAAGUCAGUCAAUGGGAGUAGACUCCCACUCUCUAUUUCCAAUCAAUGCUAUCGAUGCUCAUGAUUUUUGGCCUGGGCAGUUUGUUGUGGAAAAAGGUACCUGCGACGAUCAAGAUGGUCCUAGUGGCAAAAAAUGGGGUGUUGUGAGAAGCGUGGAUGCCAAAGAACGGACUGUGAGGCUAAAAUGGGAAAGUCUUGGGAUAAACCAAGUGAAUGAUUUGAUGGGAGAGCAGAUGGAGGAGACUGUGAGUGCUUAUGAACUGGUUGAACACCCCGAGUAUUCCUUUGGUAUUGGUGAUGUAGUGUUUCAACAGGAAAAGAAAGUGGGUAAUGUGGAUUGUGGUGGAGAACAAAAUGUUUUCUCGAACAAUUGUUAUGCAGCCUGUAUUGGAAUUGUUAUGGGCUUCAAAGAUGGGAAUGUCGAGGUGAAAUGGGCAAAUGGUCCUACAACCAAGGUUGCACCUUUUGAAAUCUUCCGAAUGGAUAAAUAUGAAGGUUCAUCUCCUACUCCUGUGCUUCAUGGGGAAAGUGCUGAACAAGUGACCCAAGAGAUGACCGAGUAUGAUAAACAACCUUUGCAUCCCAAGGGGAAGGAUUUUUUGGACUCUGGUUCCCAUUCCCUCCCUCAAGCUGCUAUUGGGUUUUUGAAUAGCAUUAUGGGGAGUCUAUAUGGAUCCCUAGGUUCCACAUCAGUCUCAUAUACCUCUGACCUUGCUUUAGAAGAGGGAAAGAACUUGGAGUCUAACAGAGAGGAAGAUUUGCUGGGAUCUUGCAACCUAUGCACUGAGGGACCAGCAAAUUUGCAGCAACCCUUCAAGAUUGAGGAAGAGAGAGCCCCUCCAUUCACAUCAGAUAGAGCAUACCCAAAACCGUUUAAGCAGUUUGAUAUGGUUACUGGUUGCUUGGACCACCACUUUGUUGACGGUGCUGGCAAGGGAUUGACCUUAUCUCAGGUAAAAAGAGGUUGGUUGAAAAAGGUUCAGCAAGAAUGGAGCAUGCUGGAGAAAAAUCUUCCUGAGACGAUUUAUGUCCGUAUCUAUGAGGAAAGGAUGGAUUUGAUGCGGGUAGCCAUCGUUGGUGCACCUGGAACUCCAUACCAUGAUGGACUUUUCUUCUUUGAUAUUUUCCUUCCUCCCGAAUAUCCUCAAGAACCACCUUUGGUGAACUAUAAAUCCGGUGGUCUACGUGUCAACCCUAACUUGUAUGAGUCCGGAAAAGUUUGUCUUAGUCUCCUAAAUACUUGGACGGGCAGUGGAACUGAAGUAUGGAAUCCAGGGAGCUCCACUAUUCUCCAAGUUCUCCUAUCCCUUCAGGCUCUCGUGCUUAAUGAAAAGCCGUACUUCAAUGAAGCUGGAUAUGAUAAGCAGGUGGGAAGAGCAGAGGGGGAGAAGAACUCAGUGAGCUACAAUGAAAAUGCAUUUCUCGUUAGCUGCAAGUCCAUGUUGUACCUACUACGCAAACCACCCAAGCAUUUUGAGGCAUUGGUGGAGGAACACUUCAGCCGGCGGUCCAAAGAUAUUUUGUCUGCUUGUAAAGCAUAUAUGGAAGGCGCUCCAGUUGGCUUUGCUUUUGGAUACCGAAACAGCGAGGAAGAAAAUCAACAGGGGAGUUCUAUGGGGUUCAAGAUCAUGCUUUCUAAGCUCUUUCCUAAGCUUGUCGAAGCAUUUUCUAUUAAGGGUAUAGCUUGCAGUCAAUACGUUGAUUCUGCAAUAUGAUUGUGAUGCUGUAGUGGUACGUAUACACUGAUGGUGGAGGCACUCGGACUUGUAUAAAAUCACUGUGUGCCUGGUGAAACACUUGAUUUCAAGUUUUCCUCUUGUUCGUAUGGGACUACGUUUGUAAAAUGGGUGAAAAUGCUGGAGCAGCUGGACACGUGUAUAGCGUGUGAUCUGUAUCAUAUGAUGGUUUAUAGAAUUCCUGACAUCUUAAACAGAA